CAGACACAUGAGAGUUUGGUCACGGUCAGUGUUCGUCGCAGUGUGGAGUGCAUGCAGCUCAGCAUGGACUACAGACACAACUUUUGAACUGAGGAGGAUAAUUUACUUUUUAUCCUGAAGAAAUCUGCUCAUUUAGUUACCAAUAAAUAUGGAGAAUGAUUUCCCGUCAUCUCCAAAAGCUGUGAACACCCAGGGGUCAUGCCCUGCUGUGGAUGGACCCUCUCUUCCAUCCACCACACAGAAUCCUCCUUCACUAAUCUCUGCUCCCUCUCACCCCGCCAAAUCUCCAACCUCAACAGAGACCACUACAAAACCAAGAAAAUUAUCUAAUUCUUCUCAAACAUCCGCUCACACAAUCUCUAAAUUGAUGGAUACCCCUCCUUCUGUAAAGGGGUCAAAGCCCUUAAGUCCUGCUGCGCCCAGUAAACCCACAUCCACUGAACCCUCCUCUCCUCCUUCAAACAAAACACCCCUUGUUACUUCUCCUAACUGCUCUACCCCUCAAAUGUCAUCAUUGCCCAAACUCAAAUCUGCCUCCUUUACAUCAGAUUACUUGGCCUGUAACACUCCAACAGAUUCCCCUACUACUUCUUCCAUCUCUGCUUCUACUGUGGCUCCUACAACUUCUUCCAGCGUUCCCAUGAAACGCACCUUUGCCUCCAUGGCCAAGCGGGUGAUAAUGCAGGAAAGACUUAGGAAAGCUGAGGAGGAUCCCAAUGAUGAAGAGAAUGAUGAAGAACCAGAGGAAGAUUUGUCCUUGGAGCAAAUAGAGGAGAAGGCCAAAGCUGGUGAUGCCAGAGCCCAGACCCGGCUGGGACAGCACUACUUGAUUCUUGCUGAAGAGAAGGACACAGAGCUAAAUAAUCGUCUGGCUGUUAACUGGCUGAUUAAAGCAGCUAAACAGGGAAGAAAAGGUGCAGCGAGAGCACUGCAGCGCUGUUGGAUGCAGAAAAAAGGAAUCACCCCAGAGAAUGAGGCCGACAUGCGCAAGUUGUCGACAGAGAGUAAGUUUGAGCUGGCAGUUCGUAAAGCAGCCAUGAUGAUGUACUGGAAACUCAACCCGGAGAGGAAGAAGAAGGUGGCUGUGGCUGAGAUGCUGGAAAAUGUCAGCCAGGUCAAUGCAAUGCCAGCAGGGAGCACUGCAAGCAGGAUUCCUGGCCCAACCUCAGGCCAGACCCAGAAAGUAUUGGAGAGCAUGGUCAGCAAUGAGUCCACACAGUUGGUGGACCUGGAUGACUUUGUUGAGAUGACUAAAAAGUAUGCACAAGGUAUUGUCCCCUCUGCACCCCAUACUGGCAGCCAGGUCACAGUCAAGACUAAAAGCUCUACGGCUGACAACAGAAGUGGGGAGGCUGAGCUGGUCCCAUCAGGAUACAAGAAAGCAUUUAAACGAUCUUGGAGCUUUGGCCAAAGGGGGAUGAUGCUGGACACUAGACAGAAUGGGGCCAUAAAAAAAGCUAUGGACAUGAAAUCACGCUUAAUGAUCCUGCAGUACCCGCUGCACGGUAUUGUUGAGAUGAAAGAGCACCUGGUGGACUGGGCGUCACGGGCCGGUGUUCAGUGGCUGAGCACAGUCAUCCCCACGCAACACGUCAACGCUCUUAUUUUCUUCUUCAUCAUCAGCAACCUGACAGUUGACUUGUUUGCUUUCGUCAUCCCCUUGCUUGUCUUCUACCUCUCCUUCAUCUCCAUGAUCAUCUGCACACUGCGUGUUCUCCAGAGCAGCAAGACUUGGGAGAACUUCAGAGCCCUGACAUCUCUGCUGAUACAUGUAGAACCUGACCUGGAUGUGGAGCAGGCAGAGACCAACUUUGGCUGGAACAACCUAGAACCAUAUCUCUAUUUUAUCCUGUCUGUUUUCUUUGUCAUUUUCUCCUUUCCUGUAGCUGACAAGCACUGGAUCCCCUGUUCUGAGCUCUCCACUGUGGCCAUCUUCUUUACUGCUGUCAGCUACAAGAGCCUCAGCCCCAUUGCUGCAACAUAUGCACGCCGAGCAAUGGUCAUAGAGGUCACAUCAUCUCUGUGUUGCCUGACCCAGUUGCUGCCAGAGAACAUGACAGUGAUUCGUUUCCUGGGGCGCACCUUUGCCACACUGCCACUAGGGGAGUCAGUGGUGCUGAAACUCAGUCUGCCCUGUCUGCUUUAUGUUUAUCUGUUCUAUCUGUUCUUCAGCAUGGCCAGGGUGCGUGGUUUCAGAGGGACUUACUGCUUUCUGGUUCCAUACCUUGUGUGCUUCAUGUGGUGUGAGUUCUCUGUGGUGCUCCUGCGGAGUUCCUCUGCUGUGGGUCUAAUGCGCACCUGUGUGGCCUACUUUCUCUUCCUGUUUGCCCUGCCUGUUCUGGCUUUAGGCCUUGCCAUCAUGCUCUUGAUCCAGCUCGUUAAGUGGUUCCUCGAGCUGGAACUGACAAAGGUGAUUGUGACCCUGGUAGUUUGUGCGAUCCCCGUCACCCUGCGGCUGUGGACGCGGUUCAGCAUGUCUAUUCUGGAUGUCUUCCGCUCACUGACCCACCGCGGCCCAGUCAAACUCAUCUUACUCUGCAUCUCCAUGGUGAUCUUAUUCUUCUCUAUCUAUGUGUACCAUGCAGAGGGACAGAAAGUGUACAAUUCCACCCUGACGUGGAGACAGUACAGCCAGGCGUGCGGGCCCCCUGCCUGGGAAACUAAAGGCAUGGCCCAGACACAGCUCUUCUGCAGCCACCUACAUGGACACAGAAUCACCUGGGCUGGGCGUUUCAAGCAUGUCCGUGUGGCCGAAACAGAAAACGGGGCACAGUCGGUUAUUAAUAUGUUGCCGGUGUUCAUGGGAGACUGGCUGCGCUGCCUGUAUGGAGAGACGUAUCCCAAAUGUGAGCCAAAGAAUACUACAGUCGCAAACCUAACAGCUGCCAAUUUGACAGCUGGUUCUGCAUCGGCUACACUUGCACUGCCCAUACUUCUCCAAAUGCAAGAAGAGGAAGAGUUGUGUCAGAUCAAGGCUCUGGCCAAACACACCUGCCAUAUCAAGCGCUUUGACAGCCACUUCUUUGAGGUGACAGUAGGGAUGUUACGGGAUGGAGGUGUAGAGGACCCAGCCUGGGAUAUAGUCCUAAUUGCCAGCCAUGAGUUCAGGCAAGUUCUGCUUAACCUUAAUCCCGGUGAUAUGGUGGAGUUUAGCACCAAGCUGGAGGGCCGCCUAGGAGCCAGGGCUCCAGCCUUCGAGUUAAAGGCGAUCCACUGUCUGGACUGUGUUUCGUCACAGCUGACUGGAGGCAGGCAGGUGAAGAUAGAGAGAGACUGGAGACGCACUACAAUGAGAGCCCUGAAGUUUGCAUUUGAUUUUUUCUUUUCUCCCUUCCUGUCAGCAAAAAUCACCACCUGAGAAGAAAGGCAGCAAGACAGUGAAGCUGAAGUAAUAAGGACUCACUUUAAUCUCUUCAGGAAGCCAUGCUGUCUUUAUCUUGUGAUGUGAUCACGUUACUAUUGUAACUUAUGAUGUUGUUUACAAUUUGAUUUAACAUGGAUCUACAGCUCAUAGUUUAUGUAGUUAAUUUUUUAACAAGGUGAUAGCAUUGAAAUUAUUUAAUAUUGGAAGUACUUCUGUCAGUGCAUGACUUUACAAAUAUUUGUAAAAUGUACCUCCAAAGCAGUUCAA